UUGUGUUUGAGGAGAAGGACGAAAGCAGCAUCUCCUGAACGAGACAUCCAGAUAUUCCCUUGAGCUUCACCAUACAAGCCAGCAGACCUCUGCCUGAGUCUACACUUUGCAUCUAGACGCAAGACAAGCAGCCCUGCUAGCUGAUUGUUGCAAAAUAUUCACCAUGAAGAUCGCUGUGCUCUGCCUGUGUCUUUUCACCGUUGCUUUUGCCCUACCAGUCGGUAAAUCAAGGCACCAUCAUGAUUCAAGGAGCGAUGAAAGAAAACAUGAUUCCCGGAGCCAUCACCACCAUUCGCACAGCCAUGAGCACAGUCACGAGACUGUGAACAGCCACGAGUCCCUGGAACAGCAGGCCUUCUCCCAGCCGAGCUCUCUGUCAUCAGAAGAAAGUGAUGAGAUCACUGAGCAACAGACCCUUUUGGUACCUUCCAGCCGAAGCAAAGAAGAUGACGACGAUCACCCCGAUGUGGAUGACGACGACCACGAUUCUGAUGAAUCGGAUGAGCACACCACCACAGGAUCACCCACCGAGACUCCCUUUACUCUGCCUUUUUCUGUCCCUGAUCCUUUCACAGGCCGAGGAGACAGUGCACCCUACGGAUUCAGAGCAAAAGUGGACCUGGUGAAAUUGGAGAAGGCCAAGAAGGCACACAAAAAGUCUGGAAAGUUUGAUUCCCACGAUGUUUCUGAUGAAGUUGACAGCACACCAGAUGUGGACAGCCGUGAAUCCUAUUCCUCCAAGGUCCAUUCUUUGGAAAGCCGUGACAUAGAAAGAGAAGAUGUAAGUAACCUGCGGGACAGCGCUGAAGUCCAGCGUGUAUCCCAUCCCAGGAGCCUGGAGAAUGACAGCCAACAGAAAUUUGAGAGUGUGGAGGACGACCGCGAUGACCACUACCAUGACAACAGCAAGAUGGCUGCUUCCCUGGAAAGCCAGGAGGCCAGACAGCAACACAAGGACUACAGUGUGGAGCUGCAACAGGUACGCUAUGACCACGAUGUUGACAAUGUGAGCAACCAAACCUUCGAAAGUGCUGAGGACCGCCACAGCGCUGAGGACCGCCACAGCGUUGAGGACCGCCACAGCGUUGAGGAUCGCCACAGCGUUGAAGACCGCCACAGCGCUGAGGACCGCCACAGUGCUGAGGACCGCCACAGUGUUGAGGACCGCCACAGUGUUGAAGAUUUCCACAGCAUCGAGGACAAUGAAGUUACCCUCUAAACAGGGGGAGAGCAGGGUCUAUAUUUACUUAAAGCCCUCCCUGGAUCUUUCGCAUGAGCGGGUGCAGCUACAAUUGGAGCCCAAAUACAUCCCAGCCAGGGUUUUUCUUUUUCUUCUUGUUUUGCAGAAUUAGGAGAGAGGGGGAGAGAGAGUGAGUGAGAGAGAGAGAGAGAAAGGCGAUGCAUUUUACUUGAAUAUUUGCUCCCACUUAAAUAUACAUGACAUGUUUGAUUUCAGUCUGUAGCAAUUCUAAGCAGCAGUUUUGUUAAUCUGGUAAAUAUGCAGCGUGCGCUUCUGAGUGUCUACUUGGAAGUAAGUCCUGCUGAUGUCCAUGGGGCUUAUUCCUAAGUAUGUCUCUUUAGGACCUUAAUCUUCACUGUACAGUACUAGCAAUCCUGAUGUUAGAGAGUCAUAAGCCCUCCUUGCUGCAUAUUUUCCUGCUUUGUUAGGAAGACUUUGUAAGUGCACGUGUGUGAGAGAGAGAGAUGCUAGGAGGAGAAAAAAUAGUUUUCACUCAGAAUGAAUGUUGUGCGUCUUAUGAUACUGUAUUUCUAAAGGGGUUGAUGUUGCAAUGUAUAUUUUGUUGAAGUUAUGAAUUAAAUAAAAAGAUAAAAACCUAG